AUGAGCUCUGAUAAAGUUGACCAGAUCACUGAGGGUGUCCAAAAGAUUGACACCAGUGCUCAGGCUGCUGAUAAGAAAGAACAAGUCAUCACACCUUGGGAUGUUGAAGGUGCUGUCGAUGAGCAAGGUGUCGCCCAAGCUAUCGAUUAUGAGAAAUUGUUGAAGCAAUUUGGGACUAGACCAAUUACGCCAGAGACUUUGGAAAGAUUUCAACAAGUUACGGGACAUACGCCUCACCAUUUCCUCCGCAAGGGCCUAUUUUACAGUGAGCGUGAUCUAAACAAGAUUCUUGACCUUUACGAGCAAGGUAAACCUUUCUUCCUAUAUACUGGUAGAGGUCCUUCGAGUGGCUCUGUGCAUCUAGGUCAUAUGAUCCCAUUCGUUUUCACUAAAUGGCUACAAGACGUUUUCGAUGUCCCUCUUGUCAUUGAAUUAACAGAUGAUGAAAAAUUCUUGUUCAAACCAAAAUUGACUAUCCAGGAUGUCAAGAAGUUUGCAGCUGAGAAUGCUAAGGAUAUUAUUGCAGUUGGUUUCAACCCCGAAAACACUUUCAUUUUCUCUGACUUAGAGUACAUGGGCGGUGGUUUCUACGAAACCGUAGUUCGUGUCUCUAGACAAAUUACCGGAUCCACAGCAAAGGCGGUUUUUGGUUUCACCGAUUCUGACUGUAUAGGUAAAUUCCACUUCGCGUCGAUCCAAAUUGCAUCUGCUUUCCCAAGUUCAUUUCCUGAUGUGCUAGGUUUACCAGAUAAGGCACCAUGUUUGAUCCCAUGUGCUAUCGAUCAAGACCCAUACUUCAGAGUCUGCAGAGAUGUCGCAGACAAAUUGAAGUACUCGAAACCAGCUUUGAUCCAUUCCAAAUUUUUCCCAGCUCUGCAAGGUUCAACAACCAAGAUGUCCGCUUCUGAUGAGACUAGUUCCAUUUUUAUGACUGAUACACCAAAACAAAUUCAAAAGAAGAUCAACAAAUACGCCUUCAGCGGUGGUCAAGUUUCCAUUGAACUGCAUAAGAAGUUGGGUGGUAACCCAGAUGUCGAUGUGGCAUACCAAUACAUGUCCUUCUUCAAAGACGAUGAUAAAUUACUAGCUGAUCUUGCACAGAAAUACAGGACUGGUGAGCUACUGUCCGGUGAGAUGAAGAAAGCUUGUAUCGAAGUGCUUCAAGAGUUCGUGAAGAACUUCCAAGAGAACAGAGCCAAGGUUGAUGAUGCUCUUAUGGAAGAAUUCAUGAAACCACAUAAACUGGUUUGGGGUCAAAAGGAAAGACUGGUGCCAGUCAAGCCAAAAGAGCCAAAGGCCAAGAAAUAG